AUGAUUGGGAAUGGAUUCGAGGGCUAUGCCUACGCCUACGCCUACGGCCCCGAGGGCUCCGGGGGCUUCGGCUUCGGGGCCGGGAAUUCCUGGGAAUUGGGGAACCCCGAGGCCAACGGGGCCCCCGAGGGCGGGGACGGCGCCGGGAAACAGCGGCAGGAGGCGGGAACCAGCGGGGGCACGGCCCCUGACAGGUGGGAAUGUGGGAAUAUGGGAUUAUGGGAAUAUGGGAUUAGGGGAAUGGGGGAGCCGGGAAACAGCGGCAGGAGGCGGGAACCGGCGGGGGCACGGCCCCUGACAGAAUUCCCAAAUUUCCCUGUCAGGUACGAUCCCUACGAGUCCUACGGCGACUCCCACGUGAGCGACCACCGGGAUCUGUACCGGGCAUCCUUCGACUACCCCGGGGAUUAUCCCGGGGAUUAUCCCAACGAUUAUCCCAAUGAUUAUCCCAAUGAUUAUCCCAAUGACUACCCCGAUUAUCCUAAUGAUUAUCCCAAUGAUUACCCUAAUGAUUAUCCCAAUGAUUACCCUGAUUAUCCUAAUGAUUACCCCAAUGAUUACCCUGAUUAUUCUAAUGAUUAUCCUAAUGAUUAUCCCGAUUAUCCCAAUGAUUAUCCCAAUGAUUAUCCCGAUUUUCCCGAUUAUCCCAACGAUUUUCCCAACGGCUCCGAGCCCGACUCCUCCUCCUCCUCCCUUGAUUUCUACGGGCGCCGCCCCCGGCCCCGCCCCCGGCCCCGCCCCCGGCAAUUCCCGCCCAAAUUCCGGGACCCUUUGGGCCCCCGGGGCUGCUGGGGGGGCGGGGCCCGGGGGGCGUUCCCGGGGUUCCCCCACGCCCGGGGCCCCCCCCGGCGCCUCCUCCCGGCCCCGCCCCCGGCCCCGCCCCCGGCCCCGCCCCCGGCCCCGCCUGGCCCCGCCCACGGCCUCAAGAGGAGCAGGAGGGGCUGGAAGCUCUGGGACGCUGCCGAGGGCACGCCCCAGCGCAAGCGGCCCCGCCGUGACUCCGUGGGGCGGCGGCGCCCGCAGCCGAGCGGCUCCGAGGAGAGAGCGGGACCGACGGACGGGGCGGGACCGACGGACGGGGCGGGACCGACGGACGGGGCGGGACCGACGGACGGGGCGGGACCGACGGACGGGUCCGACAACUCCAGCUCUGAUAACGGGAGAGAAUUCCAGUUAGAAUUCGUGGGAUUGAUCCCAAAAUUCCUGAUUUAG